AUCUGUGGGCCUGAUGUAGCAGGUUGUCAUCUCCUCUGCAAUGAAGGAAACCCGCUCCAGCGUCAUGAUUAUGGACUGGAGGUAAUCCACAAGAGUGAGUCACACGACGCUGACAGUUGGCCUGAUGACCAGCAUGGCUACUUGUUCCUGAAUCAAAGAUGCAUGCUCUCUCUUUGGAUUCAUCCCCCUGACCGCCACUGUGCCGAUCAAACCCUCCAUCAGACAGUCCUAUCUCCACUUCUCUGGCCUCUACUAUACUCUACUGUUUCCUAGUCUUCUCUCCUUCAGUCAUUGUCCUGGUCUGACCCUCUGCAUGUAGAGAGGAAAGUGUUGGCAGACUGUUUAAUAGGACAGUUUCUCCCUGCUAUUCAUGAGAGGUCAGCAGGGCCAUAUGCAGCCGGGGGAUAACAGUCAAAGGGAGCCAGAGGGGGUGGGCCCCAGUUCAGGUCCUGGAGCUAGAAGAGAGGCAGCAGGGUCACAAGGCCCAGGGUUGAAGAGGGCCUCAUCGCAGUCAGAGAACCCCUCGUUCAGUAAGAUGAGCCAAAACGCCAGGGAGAGCAUGGGGGUUCUUGGCCAGGGACUGAAACAGCUGUUCCAGCAGCAGCGUAAACGCCUCUCCCUCUCUCGCUCCACCAUCCCCUCCUCGUCUUCCUCCUCGUCUUCCUCUGUAGUGUCCGCAGGUGACAUUGCCCCCUUUGCCCCUGAGGACGCCUCGGGGCCCUGCUGUCCUGAAUCUGACCACCUCUCUGCUCCUGUGGUUCCCUCUGCAGCUGGGCAGGGCUCAGCCACUGCGGGCACGAUGAGGCGUGGGACCAGCCUCCAGAGCCGGCGCAGUAAGGGAUCUGGGUCGGGAUCUGGGAGUGGAGACCGCGAUCCUCUCCUGAGAGGUAGCCCCCAGGCCCCGCACCGCCGCAAUACCCACGAUCCACAGCACCAUACCAGCCGUCCACGCUCCUCUUCCACCACUGACACCACCCCUAGUAGCCCCACCCCUGGAUAUGUUGGCUGCGAUGUGGUGCUGUCAUCAGGGUACCAGUCCACGGAGGAGACGGACAGGAUCGACCGGCUGGAGGUGAGCGGGCUAGGACAAACACCCCUGGCUGUUUCAUGUGGAGCAGACGGUUCUUUCCAGGGAGGUGAGGAUGGCACCCCAGACCCUCAGCGCACUAAGCAGGCAAUUGCCCAGCUGCAGCAGAAAAUCCUCAAGCUCACAGAGCAGAUUAAGAUCGAGCAGACAGCCAGGGAUGACAACGUUGCUGAGUACCUCAAACUUGCCAACAACGCUGACAAACAGCAAAGCACACGCAUCAAACAGGUUUUUGAGAAAAAGAACCAGAAGUCUGCGCAGACCAUCCAGCAGCUGCAAAGGAAACUAGAGCACUACCACCGGAAGUUGCGGGAAGUGGAGCACAACGGUAUCCCUCGCCAGCCCAAGGAUGUUCUGCGGGACAUGCAGCAGGGCCUAAAGGAUGUCGGAGCCAAAGUCACAGGCUUCAGUGAAGGCGUAGUGGAUAGCGUAAAGGGAGGCCUCUCCAGCUUCUCCCAUGCCACCCACUCUGCUGCCGGGGCUGUCGUUUCCAAACCCCGGGAGAUUGCAUCGCUGAUUCGCAACAAAUUUGGCAGCGCUGAAACAAUCCCCUCACUUAAAGACUCUCUGGACGACCCAUCAGUGGAAGAAGGUGUGACAGGUGCUGGCGGACGUUCGCUGGGCAGUGCAGGGCAUCACCUCCAGCCCAGUCCCAAGUAUGGUAGUGAGGAUGACAGCUCUAGUGCCACAUCAGGCUCAGCGGGGGCCAACAGCACCACAGGGGCCCCUGGAGGUCCCCCCAGUUCCAAGGGUAACACACUGGAGAGGAGCCAGAGCUCCAGCCUAGACAUGCUGCUGCAAGAGGUGCAGGAGCUGAGGGAGGGCCAGGCAAGGCUAGAGGAGAGCCUUGAUGGUUUGAAGAGCCACUAUCAGAGAGAAUACACAGUUGCAAUACAAGCACUGCAGGAGGAACGCUUCAGGUGUGAACGUCUGGAAGAGCAGCUGAACGACCUGACCGAACUUCACCAGAAUGAGAUCCUCAACCUCAAACAGGAGCUUGCCAGUAUGGAGGAGAAGAUUGCCUACCAGUCUUAUGAGAGAGCCAGAGACAUACAGGAGGCGUUAGAGGCGUGUCAGACCAGGAUCUCUAAGAUGGAGCUCCAGCAGCAGCAACAGCAGGUUGUCCAGUUGGAGGGGCUGGAAAAUGCCACAGCCAGGACCCUCCUGGGAAAACUUAUCAAUGUGCUGCUGGCCCUUAUGGCUGUCCUUCUGGUCUUUGUCUCAACUGUGGCCAACUGCGUGGUUCCCCUGAUGAAGACACGAUCGCGCUCUCUCUCCACCCUCCUCCUCAUCCUCCUACUGGCCUUCUUGUGGCGAAACUGGGACGCUCUCUCGGGGUACACACAUCGUGCUCUACAGCCACCAGGAUGACCAGAUUGAAGCCAGCACAUGUUGCUUUGUUGACACCAGGAGAUGUAACUGUAGCUGCCGUCAUGCAGGAAGUUUGAAGAACGUGAUUGCCGUUAGGAUGGCAGCGUGGCCGUGCACUGAAAAUUCGGCUGAGCACAUUCGGACACGGCUUGGAAUCAUGAAAAAGAGGAAGAAACAGAGUAGAGUUGAGAACACUCAUGAUUGUCACUUAGGAAGGACGAGACUGUUUACAUUUUUAAAAAUGAACUGUUGUGUUGCUACCCCUCACAGAAUGCAACAUUGUACUGUUUUUAUCUUUAGAGUUUAAUCAAUUAUAAUGUAUUAUUUCUAAUAAUAUUAUUUUUAUUUUGAACGUUAUUUUAUUCAGUACCAUGUAGCAUUACGCUCCUCUCAGUCUACAUGAAGGGGAGUUUAGUCGUGAAACUGGGUUGGCGAUUCGCUGAAAGGCCCAGUCUGAUUGUAGAGACAUACAAAUGCAAAUGUGAUAACGUGGUUGAUUGCCUGUAGGAAGAGAACUCUUACCUAGCUGUGAUUGGUAGAUUUCAACCAUGGCUGAAAACCUUCCUGGGAGUUGCUCCUGUUUUGCUGUGAUGAAAUUUGUUCGGACAGAACAUUUUGAAGGACUGACCAUGACCUUUGAGUGUCAUGAUGACUAAAGACUUUUUGUGCUUCCUCACCAUUUCUAAUAGAAAAGAUCACAUGCUUUUACUUAUUUCUUUUUUUUAAGUAAAACAAGAAAAACUGUGUUAAAUGUGAUUAAUGAAACAAAGAAAUGAAACAAACAGAAUGAGCCAGCGUUAGAGGGGAAAGCUACAAUGGGCCGCUCACCAUAGAAACAGCACAUAAACACACACAGAACAUCUGGUUAUUGUUAAACAUCUGCCAUAUGUGCACAUGUAAACAAUACUGCAUGUUUUCAUUAAGAAAAAUUACAUAGGAAUCAACUUUGCUUUUAAAAGCAAUGACAUAAGGCCAUUGUCCAAGUAAAAUCAAUUUGCCAGGAUAAUUGCCUUCCCCCGCCAUGUUUGAUGUGAUCAGGUUAGGAAGAGAGACCACUGGUGCUUAUCCAGCUCCAUCUCAGUUGGAACGGGUAUGCUGCUCAUAUCUACAGCGCAAGUUGUCGCCACUGCCAUGCCAGUCAAAUGCACACUGCCUGUAUGUGAUAUUGUACUAUUCAUCACACGUUCUCCCCGCGUAUUCUUUCUGUAGCCGUCCUUUUUCUAUGAGUACAUCUUAUGGUGUACUUCACCUUGUGCCAAACCUUAGUCUACCCUGGGAUGCGUGAGCACCCAAAGGGUCCAUGCUGAGAAGAGAGAAAUGGGGAGCUCAGCAGGUCUUGCUUUUAUUCCGAUAUGUCAUGAAUGUCUUGCCUGGAAGUCAAAGAUGUACCUCUUUGGGAGACAUAACUCUUGCAAGGGAAAAUCUAUUAGAGAAUUCACAAUCUGGACAUGAACUUGACUCCAGAUCACAGUCCUUUUCUCCUUGAGUACAGUUCCUUGGCUCGCAUCCAGUCUUUCUUAUUCUCUCUUUCUCAUCUAGUCAAGGACACAACAUGAUGACAUAGCACAUUAAUUAGUUCACCCUGCAUUUCAAGCUGAGAUGCUGAUUUCCUAACAGAUAGUGAGAUCAUUUGAACUGUACAGCUGCACUUUAGCACACGGGUGGAUAACAUGUAGGUCAGGCUGAAGUUUGAGAGACCUUUGAUAGAGACUUCAAAGGUUGUCACUCUUUAAGACAGCAGUCUUGUGGGAUAAGAAGAGUUGACUCAGGUCAGGAUCACUGUCAUCCUUGUCUGAAGAUCAAACCCACAGAGAGGAAUUUAGUUCAUUUCUUGUCAAAACGUCGAUAAACUCUAUCCCUCCAAAUUCAGACAUGCAAUUGUAACGAUUUUGCCAUUGCGGGUGCAGCAGACAAGUUGAGAAUGAGCUGAUCUUUGACCUUAGCCUGACCUUGCAGUAACACCUAUGAUGUAGGUUAUGUGCUAGACCACUCCAGUGCCUUCUGAUGUCCUUUUCAAGUGUGGAAUAAAUAAAAGUGCAUUCCUGACUUA